AUGACAGACUACUGGCAUUCACUCAGCAUGCCUCGUCUCCAAGACCUCCACCACCACAGCCAUAGCCAUAAGACAACGGUUGCGGCAGGCUGUUUGUCUGAUGACGCCUCCGACUCUUCCACCCAGUCUAUGCGUCUCUUCCCCGACACUGCCACUACCAUUUUUCACCCAGCAACAGCCACGACGAUGGGGAUGAAGGAUAUUAUGGGCACGACGCCUCCCUCGUCAUCGUCCGCAUCCGCUUCUGAUACGGAACCCUUCCGCAUGCACAGCAGCGGCGAUAAGAAGACAGCGAUUUUGACAUCCAAGACAAGUGUCUCGUUAUCUCUCGCCAAUUGCAGCAAAGCCCCCUUCACUUCCAAGGUACCUUCGCCUUCCACCUCUACAAUAUCACUCGCCAGUGGUAGUAGUCGCACGGGUCGUUCACACGCAAACGAACAUGCUCGACGCCUUCUUGUGGCACGGUCCUGGUCCCGGUCUCGGUCUCCCUUGACUGCCUCCGUCCCAGAGGGUGAUGCUAUUGUCACCAACGUAGAGUCAUCGUCGCCUGCACCACCUCAGCAGCAGCAGGCACCCCUUGUUGUCAAGCGGGCAAAGUUCUUUUUCUGUGAGGACAGCGAUGAUGACGAGAGCGAUUACGAGCAACAGCAGGAGCAGGAGCAGGAAAAGGAGGCCUCUGCAUACCGCCAUCCUUCAUUGAUCAAGUCAGCAGAUGCACCUCUGGUCCGCACAAGUACUGCCUCCCGCCUGCCCGUCUUUUUGCCUACCGUCAAUGACGACCAGGAGGAAUACGAGGAGUAUGACGAGUAUGAUGAGUACGAUCAUGAGGAAGAGGAGGAGGAUGAUGACGAGGACGAAGAGGAUGGACCGUUGUUCUUUGGAAAGAAGAAGCCUUCCAUCGCCGUCAUCUCCAGUUCCCAGCCUCGGCAGAAGCCAACCAUUCUCACCCCUACUCCCAAAUAUGGAAACUCAACAGGAAGACACAGUCAUUUGCCGCCACUUCCCCAAAACGCAGGCAUGGAACGCCGUCAAUCUCUCCUUUCUGACCUCCUCCUCGCCGAGAAGCAACAAAGGCAACUUCUCCUUCUCCAGCAACAGAGCCAACGCUCUCUCGCAUCAUCGACAUGCUCGACACCCAACUGUCUCUCCGCCGCAAACUCGGACGGCGAAGGGUGUACCUCCUCCUCCUCCUCUUCCUCCUCUGGUAACGGUAACGGUCGACCGCGCUUCUCUACCACGGCAUUGACGCCAUUAUACCCAGCGCCCUCCACCACCACCGCCACGACACCAAUGCCCCAGCACCUGUCUCAGCACCAGCACCAAACCCUCGAGCCCAAUCGGCGCCGCACAUUUGUUGAUCCCCUCUCCGAGACAGAACCCGACAACCUCAUCAAGGACGACAAGAUCUUCCUCGACAAGAUCCAGGAGGAAGAAGAAUCCUUUGUCGUCCCGAAAUUGGUCCGUACCAAGAAGAUUUAUCACCGUCUCGACACCCUGGCCGCCACCGCUUCUGCCAUCGCCGCCGCACCUAUCACCACGUCAGUCAUUUCUCCAACAGCAGCAUCAUCAUCAUCAUCAUCAUCAGCAGUAGCAUCUGCACACUCCCCACUCUCCCCAACGACCUGUACCAUAACCACCCUCUCCCCUACCACCACGCCAACAACAACCACAAAAACAACCGUCGCACCCAUCGCCGCUUGUGCCACCGCCCCCCGUGGCGGCGCCGGCGGAUCGUCCACCACCACCACCACCUCUGCCGCCUCUGCCGCCGCAACCGCAGCAGCGGCAGCCUCGGCAUCGGCCGCAACAAUGGCAGGCUGGGCACGCUCACAAGUCCAGUUCCAGCUGCACUCCUUCGUGGCCCAAUCACAGACGACCGCUCAACGUGCCUUCUUGACCGCACAGUCCACCCUCAGCGACGUUCUCUACCGCACCGGCGCCAAGUGA